CGUGAGGCUGAGAGAGAGGAGCGAUUAACAGCAGCGUUAGCUCAGCUGACUAAAUAAACUGACGGCUGCCGUCACCACAGAAACAUUCUACAAAGAAAAACUGCGGUGUUUCCACCACGACGUAACCAUUUGACUUUUGGACGAUUAGAGGUUUUCUGGAGAUCAGGGACCAUGGCUACAGCACGAAGCACAAGAUAUUCUCUGUACUGGGAGGAGACCGAGUGCCUCAGCUACUAUGAAAUGUUGUCCCUCCACGAGAUCUUUGAAAUCGUGGGCUCCCAACUUACAGAGACCGAUGUCGAGGUUUUGUCGUUUCUCCUCGAUGAAACCUAUCCUGGGAAACAUCCGCUUGAUCCAGAGGGAUGGACUGAGGAGUUACCUCCUGGACCUGAUGGAACUCGCCAGGGUAAUUCUCCAUGCCCCCGGCUUAUGAAAGCAUGGCGAAAGAUAAAGCCACGGAAUGAACCAUGGCCAAUCGCCUGUCGUCAGCAACCCAAGAGUGGUGUCGAACUGCUGUUAGAGUUGGAGAGACGAGGGUACUUGAAUGAGGGAAACCUCGAACCUUUAUUGCAGUUGCUGCGAAUUCUGACGCGACAUGAUAUCCUGCCCUUUGUCUCACAUAAGAAAAGAAGAACAGUGUCCCCAGAACGAGAGAGAUUCGACUACCCAGAAGUAGAUACCUCAGGGGACACACAGAUCAGCUCAAACACAGAUAUACCAUUCUUGGAAAACACUCAAGACCAGCAGUGGAGAACAGCUGCUGGCUCUUCUGUGACAACGACCACCCCUGGCCGACGAAAGCGGGGUAGAGGUCGCUACUGUAGCAGAAAAUCUAGGGGCAAACCUGAAAUCGAACCUCAGCCAACACCCAAUAAAGUGACCUGUGAUAUCCGGCUACGUGUGCGUGCUGAGUACUCUGAGCAUGAGUCGGCUCUACGAGGUGGAGUUUCAUCAGACAAGCAGCAGCCUUUGGAGAGGCAGUUUGAACUGUUCAGCCGAGCAAGUUCGUUGCUUCGCACCCGAGACCUGGGGUCUAUUGUCUGUGAUAUCAAGUUCUCUGAACUUGCCAACCUGGAUGCGUUCUGGGCAGAUUACCUGAGCGGGGCACUACUUGAGGCACUGAAAGGGGUCUUCAUCACAGACUCGUUAAAGAGAGCAGCGGGACAGGAGGGAGUCAGACUGCUUGUCAGUGUGGAUCAGGAUGACUAUGAGGAGGGCAGAAAACUGUUGCUUAGCAGCCAGACACACAAUGCAACAAACUGGGGAACACAAAGGAAAUCACGCACAGAAUGAGCAGUAUAGCUGGUGGCAUUGUCAUGCUGGAGGGUUAUGUCAGGAUGAGCCUGCAGGAAGGGUACCACAUGAGGGAGGAGGAUGUCUUCCCUGUAAUGCACAGCGUUGAGAUUGCCUGCAAUGACAACAAGCUCAGUCCGAUGAUGCUGUGACACACCGCCCCAGACCAUGACAGACCCUCCACCUUCAAAUCGGUCCCGCUCCAGAGUACAGGCCUCGGUGUAAUGCUCAUUCCUUCAACAAUAUACGCAAGUCCGACCAUCACACCUGGUGAGACAAAAUUGCGACUCGUCAGUGAAGAGCACUUUAUGCCAGUCCAGUCUGUUACAGCGAAGGUGGGUUUGUGCCCAUAGGUUAUGUUGUUGCUGGUGAUGUCUGGUAAGGACCUACCUUACAACAGGCCUACAAGCCCUCAGUCCAGUCUCUCUCAGCCUAUUGCGGACAGUCUGGGCACUGAUGGAGGGAUUGUGCGUUCCUGGUGUAACUCGGGCAGUUGUUGUUGCCAUCCUGUACCUGUCCCGCAGGUGUGAUAUUUGGAUGUACCGAUCCUGUGCAAGUGUUGUUACACGUGGUCUGCCACUGCAAGGACGAUCAGCUGUCCUACCUGUCUCCCUGUAGCGCUGUCUUAGGCAUCUCAGUACUGACAUUGCAAUUUAUUGCCCUGGCCACUUCUGCAGUCAUGCCUAAGGCAUGUUCAUGCACAUGAGCAGGGACCCUGGGCAUCUUUCAUUUGGUAUUUUUCAGAGUCAGUAGAAAGGUCUCUUUAGUGUCCUAAGUUUUUAUAACUGUGACCUUAAUUGCCUACCAUCUGUAAGCUGUUAGUGUCUUAACGCCCGUUCCACAGGUGCAUGUUCAUUAAUUGUUUAUGGUUCAUUGAACAAGCAUGGAAAACAUUAUUUAAAGCCUUUACAAUAAAGAUCUGUAAAGUUAUUUGGAUUUUUACAAAAUUAUCUUUAAAUUAAAAUGAAAAAGGGACGUUUAUAUCCUUCUCUUGCCUUGCCUGAUGCCUGUAUUCACAUGUUACCACCAGGGGGCGUUGGAAACCAUUUUUUCUCAGUAUUUCAUGAAUAUGGCAUCAUGUAUAAAAUCAUUAAAUGUGUACGUUUGGUUUUGGGCAGGGUCUAUUCAAUGAAUAUAAAAUUUGAACACAAUAAAACAGCAAUCUGAGCUGGUAAAAUGUUUUUUUUUAUUUUAUUUUAUUUAUUUAUUUAUUUUUUAUUUUUUUAUGUAGAUUUCAGUCUCUGUGUAAAAGGUUUUACAAUUGAUAAACUGCCACUAGUCCUGGUUAGUUUUUUUGAGUAAUUUACGUAUCUCCUGUUU